CCAACUAUGCAAAUCAGCGCCCUGAUCAAUCACAACAAAGAUCUCCACGCCUCGCCUGCAGCCCAGCGAUUUUACCGUCUUAAUACACAGGGCCAGGUCCGGCCACUGGGCCCAGUCCUUCGAGGCUUACGGCAUUCAAAACCUCUUACGCGCGACGAAAAGAUCGAAAUCCGAGCCCUGCGCAAGCACUGUAAGUGGGACUACUUGAAGAUAGCCCAGGCUACUGGCAGGACAGUCCACCAAGUGCAAGAUGCCGUACCUGGCCCGCUCACUCCACGAAAAUACGAUCGCGGCUGUAAGCCAGUUAUCGAGACCCCUGAGAAGAAUGCCCUUAUCGAAUUCCUCAGUGCCGACCCCCUCCACCGCAAGCUGCCAUGGGCUGAUUUGCGGUAUUACAUUCCUGGCUUUGAGCUCUACGGAGAGCAUGCCAUCACGACUGCGUUACGGUCCAUCGGCUACACAAGGGCAAUACGACCACGGCGAGUCUACCAUACAGAUCGCCACAAGGCUACCCGUCUUGCCUUCGCAUACGAGCAACUAUCAUUGCGUCCCCCGUCCUGAAGAUUGGGAACGAGUGCUCAUUUCUGACGAAACGUGGGCAAUUAACAACCCAAUGUGGAAGCAAUGGAUUACCAUCCACGAUACGGAGGAUCCAGAGACGUGGGCGCUAAUAAGAACCAAGCCUCAUGGCUGGAUGUUUUGGGGGUCUUUUGCAGGAGGGACCAAAGGUCCUUCCUUUUUCUGGGAGAAGGAGUAUGGCGGUAUUACUGCUGAGAAGUAUCAGCAGUUUAUCGUCCCUUUGGUCCAUACAUUUUGCGAGGAAAACGGGGGCUUUGUUUCCAGCAAGAAAACGCUGCCCGUUUAACUAGGAGACUGCUUGCAGCGCUUGGAAUUGAGGUUAUUGUAU